CGGGCCGACAACCUUGUUGUUACCGCCAACACUGUCCGCAAUGCUCGCAAGGUCACUCCACGCAAGGGCAGCCCUCCAGACGAGGGCAGCCGCCCCUUCGUCCCAGCUCGCGGCGGUCCGCAAGCUGUCAAUGGCUGCCAAGCCGUCGCCGUCGCCCGUCGCUCUUGGAAAGCGCCCGGUCAUUCUACCGAGGAGAGCAGCCCUCGCCGGCGUCGCCGUCCGCCACCUGUCUUGGACGCCGUGGUCGAGCUCCUCCUCGACGCCGGCACCGGCGGCCGAGCCCGAAGCCGCCGCCGCCGCUGCCAACGCUUCGGCCAACCCGUCGAUCCCGAUCAACACGCCCGUCCCCUCAUCCGACAUCCCCGCCGACCCCGUCGAGCCGCCUCUCCCUCCCGCCGACCACCUGACGUCGACUGCGCCAGACAACCAGUUCCACUCGGACCCUUCGUCGCUCCUCCCGCAGUCCGGCGCCAACAGCAUGACGCCCACGCUCGAGGACCUGAUCACCAAGUCGGGCCUUCCCCUCGAAGAGGUGCUCAACUCGCCCGAGGCCGUCCACGCCGCCGUCAAGGUAUCGGACCUGUCCCUCAUGGGCCUCGAGCACGGCCCGCUCAACCCCGCUGGCUGGCUCCGUGAUGCCCUCGUCGGCCUUCACAACAUCACCGCCUUGCCAUGGUGGGCGACGAUUGCGCUCAUGACGGUCACCGUCCGACUCAUCUUGCUGCGAUUCGUCAUCAGCAACGCGCGCCACAAUGUCCGCCUCGCCGCUGUCCAGCCUCAAAUGACGGCGCUCAUGAAGCGUCUCAGCGACGCCAAGACAACGAAGGACCAGAACGCCAUGCAGGUCGCCACACAGAACCUGUCCCAGCUGAUGAAGGAAAACGAUGUUUCGCCCUUCCGCCCGCUUCUCAUGCCCCUCAUGCAGAUGCCCUUCUUCCUCGCCUUCUUCUACGCGCUCCGCCGGCUCGCCGACGCACCGUUGCCGCAGCUCAAGGAAGGCGGCUUUGGCUGGGUCAUGGACCUCACAGUGGCGGACCCCUACUACAUCCUCCCCAUGACCUCGAUCGCCCUCCAGCUUCUUGUCCUCCACUUUGGCGCCGACGGCAGUGCCCAGGCUCGCGCCCAAUCUCAGCUGGCUCACAUGCGCAACGGUCUCACUGUCGCCUCACCUUUCCUGGUCUACUUUGUGUCGCAGUUCCCAGCAGCCGUCCUGUUCUACUGGACUACAGCCAACACCUUCACCUUGAUCCAGGCCCUCGCCCUUCAGCAGAACUGGGUCAAGAAGCUUUUCCGGAUCCCUCCUGCCCCGGUCAUUGCCCCACCUCCAGAGGACUCAUAUGUCAACCCAAACCCAGGAUUCAAGGACACGUGGGGGGUGGUUAAGAACUUCCACAGGGACAGCUUUGCCCCCAUGCUUGAGAGGGCCAAUCUCGCGAAGCAGGCAAAGGAAGAGGCGGCUGCCCUUGCCAAGGAGAAGGAGAUCCGCUCCAAUGCCCGUGCCGGCACUGGUCUGCUCACCGAGCGUGUUCAGGAGCCCAGGCGCUCGGCCUUCCUCGAGGCUGACGCCGCUGCCUCAUCGUCAUCCCCUUCUGAACCUGUCGUUCGCCUGUCGCGCGAGGAGGAGAAGAGGCAGCGUAUCCAGGCGGCUCGCGAGAAGCGUUCGCGUCAGCAGUAACUUGUAGAGAUUGGGCCAGUUUUGCAUCGCAUGUC